AUGAUAACUUAUAACCUGCAUCAUAUCUUUGAAAUUCUCAACACUCCAACUAAUGUUAUGUUACUGUUGUUGGUGUUUAUCAUAACAUAUGGAUUGUUCAGUUUACGCAAACCAUCUGGGUUUCCACCUGGACCAAUGGGAUACCCGUUUAUUGGCUCUAUGGUAGAUUUGUUGAAAGAACCCCACCUAACGCUGAUGAAAUAUGGUAUAAAAUAUGGCGAUAUAUUUACAAUCAAGAUUGGCAGUCAGCCUGUGAUUGUACUCAACUCCCUAGAUGUUAUUAAAGAAGCAUUGGUGAAGAAACAAAAUGAUUUUGCUGGGAGGCCAUAUUUUUAUACAUAUCUCUCAGAUAAUUACCUGUCAGCGGAUUCCAACUUGCUGGAUGUCAAUGAUGGAAUUCGUGUCAAAGUAGAAGAGUCUGCUACUUAG